CCGUUCGGCCCCACAGUUUCCCGCUGGCCGCGAAACCGGCUGCACCGCCUCUCUCUCCCUCUCUCUCUCUCUCAACCCCCUUCGCUCUCCCCCUCUCUCUCUCCCUCCGCGCCUUACCCCCCGCUGAGUGCGCGGGACACACAGGCGAGCCGGGCGCUGCAGGGGGCGCUUGUUCUGCUCGCGGGCGCUGCAUACGACGACCUCAAGCCCGCACUGCCGAGGAGCCCGGCCAGGAUGACAUCGGGGUGGCCGCCGCGCCUGGGCGGGCGCUGACGCCGCUGACGUCCGCGACAGAGACUCGUGCAGCAGUGCGUCUCGGUGGUGACAGUGACAGUGUUGUGAGUGCGCGGUGCGUGCUGCGGGCCCCGAGUGCCCGCGCGGAGAGUGUUGUGCCGAGGCCAGCUUCAGGACUUGUCGUCUGCGUCCCGACUCCAGCUCCAGCUCGACGGCGGCGAGAGCCGGCGGUCAACUGACAGGUCCUCGGGGGAUGGCGGUGCCUCGGUGGGGGCGGCGUCCCCUGCUGGCCUCCUCGUCGCGGUCCUGGUCGCUGCCGCUGCUGCUGCCGCCCCCGUCCGGGCCGUCGUCGGCACGCCCUCGGGCACGCCCGGCGGCACUCCGGAGGGGGUGACUAUGCGCGCCAGGAUGCGGUAGCCCGGCCGCCGGGGGGCAGCUGGAGGACGACCACGACGACGAAGCAGCGCGGCCGCGCGCCCUCCGCACCGCACCGCCGCCCGCCCGCCGGCAGCAGGUGACAGGUGACCGGCAGUCGAGCGGGGUCACUUCGUAUGGAGGCCUCGGCCGACUCGCUCUCCAGCACGCUGCUGCUCAUCGAGCCCGUCUCGUCCAACGCCUCCCUGCUCGACCUGGACAACGCGUCCCACAUCGGCGGCCCCAGCCUUGGCUACGGCUACGCCCAGGGCUUCGCGCCGCUCCCCGGCUCGUCCCCAGCGCCCGUCGACCCCCCAUGGGGCACAUGGUUCCCCGGGCCGGACUCGCCGUACUCUGCGGGGCAGGCGGUGGUGAUCGCGCUCGUGCUCCUGUGCGUCGUGGUCGUCACCUUCGUCGGCAACAUCCUGGUGUGCGUGGCCGUCUGCCUGGUGCGCAAGCUGCGCCGGCCCUGCAACUACCUGCUCGUCUCGCUCGCCGUCUCCGACAUCUGCGUCGCCGUCCUGGUCAUGCCCAUGGCGCUGCUGUACGAGGUGUUCGGACGCUGGGACUUCGGGCGCGUCAUGUGCGACCUGUGGGUGUCGUUCGACGUGCUCUCCUGCACCGCCUCCAUCCUCAACCUGUGCAUGAUCAGCGUCGACCGGUACUAUGCCAUCACCAAGCCGCUCGAGUACGGCGUGAAGCGGACGCCCCGCCGCAUGGUGGGCUGCGUGUCGCUUGUCUGGCUCAUGGCCGCGUGCAUCUCGCUGCCGCCGCUACUCAUCCUGGGCAACGAACACGACCCCCCCGACGGCAAGGGCCCGCCGCAGUGCACGGUGUGCCAGAACUUCGGAUACCAGAUCUACGCCACGCUGUGGUCCUUCUACAUCCCGCUGACCGUGAUGAUCGUGGUGUACUACAAGAUCUUCCGGGCGGCGCGUCGCAUCGUGCUGGAGGAGCGGCGCGCCCAGACGCACCUGGGCCCGCCGGGCGGGUACCUGCAGCCGCCGCCGCACAACGCGGCCGCCUGCUGCACGUACCACCACAACAACCUCGGCCCCGCGGCGCCGGCGGCGGACCGGGAGGACCGGGCGGCCGCUGGUGGUGGCGCUGGUGGCGGCGGCGGCGGAGGCGGUGGGGGCGGGGCGCCCGGGGUCAAGAACGGUGGCACUUCCCCGGACGUGAUCCUGGCCAACAACUCGUCGUCGUUGCUGCUCACCACGCCCACGGGCGUCAACAGCUCGGCGCCGAACGCCUCGCCGGGGUCGUCGCCGGCGGCGAGCACGCCGGCCGCGUCGGGCCGUCAGCACCGGCCUUCCACGACGAGCACCAACACAACGUGCUCCGGCCAGCUCGGCUCCUCACGCUGCCUGGCGACGUCGGACGCCGGCCGUCGCUCGGACGAGUCGCAGUGUCCGAUGCUGGGGCCGCCGCCGCGGUCACGGUCGCGGUCGCCGCGUGGGGGAGGCGGCGGUGGCGGUGGCAGCAACGGCAAGCGACGCGGCACCAAGAAGAAGAAGGGCGUCACGUCGGUCCUGGUGUCGGGGCUGGGGAGCUCGUCGCCGCACAAGGCGAGGCACUCGUCCGCCUGCUCGGCGGCCACGGUCGGCGUGUCGACGCACACGAGGAAGCUGCGCUUCCUGGCCAAAGAGAGGAAGGCCUCGACCACCCUGGGCAUCAUCAUGAGCGCCUUCAUCUUCUGCUGGUUGCCCUUCUUCGUGCUCGCACUCGUGCGACCCUUCCUCAGGGACCAGUCGACCAUCCCGGCCUCGGUCACGUCGCUCUUCUUGUGGCUGGGCUACGCCAACUCGCUGCUCAACCCCAUCAUCUACGCCACGCUGAACCGCGACUUCCGCCGCCCGUUCCAGCAGAUCCUGUACUUCCGGUGCGGCUCGCUCAACCACAUGAUGCGCGAGGAGUUCUACCAGUCGCAGUACGGCGACCCCGAGCCGGCGCAAAACUACUACCACGUGGCGCCGCAGCAGCAGUACUGCGUGAUCGGGCACGUGACGCCGCCGUCGGGGACCCCCGGCCCGGGCGGCGGCCGGGCGGAGCACACGUCCGACCUGGGGCCGAGCGAGGACGAGGCUGAGGACGACCUCCUGUUCCGGAGCUCGGGCCAGGGCUCGCCCGGCGCCGUCAUCACCGCCGCCGGACACAUCGCGGACAACGCCGACGAGUCCUUCCUCUGAUCGUGGGCCCCCGGGGCCGCCACCGCCGCCGCCCCCGAGGACGCCCCACAGUGCGGCGGGGAAGCCGACCGCGGCCAACCCGGCACCCAGGAGCCGUCUGCCCGCUGGACCAAAGAGGGACAUUAGUGGGGAGACAAAUAAAGGGCAACGAGGGUUCUUGUGUUCUUCUAGGACAAAUUAAAUAGCUAACUACUGUGUUGUGUUGUGGUCUCGAGUGUGUUGACUCCUUUCUAUGUAAGAAUUCAAUUCUUCUAUCUUCUACCAAGAAAUGAUUGAUGAAACACGUUUCUUUGUAUGUCUGUUGGUCUGUUGUCCUUGUUGUGUAUAAUGACCUUUUUUUGUACUUUCAAAACGCUGCGCAGUCAUCAGUCUCCUAAUCAGGGUUCCUGACAUUUUAUUUUUUAGCUAAUGACUACCGUUGUCUUUCCUUCCGUCAAUGACGCCACGUACUUCUAAGAGCAGAAUUAGAUUUCGUCCUGCAUGAAUCGAAAAGACGAUGUCUCGAUAAAAAUAACGCGAAACUUCUAGUUAUACCUGGCUCCUGCAGAAAAGCCAGGUGUCUACUUUAGCUCAUUUCAGCCGAUGAAAGUUUCGGAAGCAAAAGGUAGAAUGUGUAGCAAUAUUUUUGACACAAGCUCUUGCGCUAUUAACCUCGCUUCCUCUACAAUAGAUGCGUGAUUAAUGAAUUAAUUUAGUGCAAAUUCGAACUGUUAGUGAUUCAUUGGGUAACUAAAUCUCUAAUAAUUGUUAUUUUGACGAAACAUUUUCGUUAUUAAUAAAAUCAGCUGGACGUCACUACUUUUAGGGGGCAAAUACAAUAAUAUUCCCGCAUUUGGUGUUGACCUGUGACAAUACCCGGUUAGAAAGUAACAUCGAAGGUUGGUACAACACAACCACACCGGUAAAACAAAGGUGCUAAGUCGUGCCUUUCCUGGGGGCACUAAACUAAACACAUCCGUUAUAAAGGUCGGAGAAGGCACCUUUGUUUUUCCGGUGCAUAAAUGAUAUUUUUGCAACAUGCGGAAUCCAUUCUUUGAACAACUCCUCUACUUAACUUGGCUGUGACAAGCUGAACUAUAUAUACUGAUGCGUACUACUUCUUUAAAAAUGUAGUACGUUGACCUUUUUGGAAAACAACUGUAGAAACGUCGUAGUGUUAUUAUCGCACAAAAGAAAUUCUGUACUCUGAUAGUAAUUGUACCACAGAUUUUAUGCUAGACUACUGCAUUUGUGAAGUUUCUACAAAUUUAGUCGUAGUUGACGACCGCUCGGCAGUGCCACCUCUGUUAUUAACUCCACGUGUCUAUAAGAUGAGAAAAGUAGAUACUGUUGUGAUGCAAGCCAAAGGGUGUUGCAACUCUUGAAAUAAGUGAAUGUUAUAAUAUAAUUAAACUCUAGUCUGAAAUGAACGGCUGUGUGAGCUAUUACUGUUUCUCAUUGUCUAUCCUCGAGAAUUGAAGUAUAGAGCGUAGUGUUACUUAUCGUACAGUAUGGAACCGAAACCAUUGUUCUAUUUUCACCGAUAAGGAAUUCGUGUGAACCAUCUGAUGAGAAUACUAAAAUACCGAAGUGGGGAGACCAUUAUUUCCCGACGCUGCUUAGCUCCCCCUUUGUUUACAAUUAUUGAUUUCUAACAACCUUCUAUUAUUCAAUAUUUAGUUUUGGUAUUUUCCUAAAAUCAAAUUUCCUGUCUAUUUUAAUUUAGGAACACAUUUCUUUUGCAUGUCGGCCUAAACAUUUAUGUUUAAAACUUAGGAAUCAAUGCAGAACACAAAAAAUUUGGCUCUUUUCUCUACUUCCUCGGUUAAAAUCUUGCCGAGAUAAAGUGCGUUUGUCACUAUGCAAAGAAACAACAGUACAGUAAUAAGCAUUUGUAUCUCGUAAUCUUGACGUCUUGUUUGUAAGUGAAUGAAUUUAUUUUUUAUUUGAUGUAACGCCGUAUAUUUAGUGACGUUUUAUCAUAUCCUGGCCGGCCUCAGCGCCUUUGCUUUAAAUAUUGGUCUGCUGUCACUCCUAUGCGCGGCGACACUGCCAACCCGUAGCGUCUCAUAUUUCAUCUUGUUUUACACUCUUGUUGUAGAAUCAGGAAUCUCUCUCAAACGGAUUACGCAGCAUUUUGACCACACUGUCACAAAAAGUUGAAAUAAAAUCAGUUUCUACAAAGUAGAUCUUUGGAACAAAA